GGAGUCGAUAUUUACAGCACAGCAAAGACGAGAUGCGUGUUUUCGCUUGCAGCUGCAGUUCACAGCUUUUCACCCAAACGUUGGCGCCAAUUUUUUGGUGAUAAUCAUGGAAAAGAAGCCAGAAAAUCAGCAACAGAAGGAAAGUGAUGACCUGGACUUGCUUUGGUGUAUCGAUUGCAUGAAGUGCCACGGUCAGGAAUGCCCGCUCCAGCAACAAGGCACCAGACCGGUCGUCAUCACCGACACACCAACCAUCUCCCGUGCCCUCGCAUCCCUCCCAGGAAUCUUAAAUCUGUGCACCGUUGGCAACAAGAGACAGGUCUUGGCUAACAAGAAGAUCGCUCGCAAGACGGUGUUUGGCCCGCUGGAGGCCCCGGAGGUUAGCAGUGAUGGCGAGGACGACGGCUUUGUCCUGAAGGUUUUCAAGAAAGAUGGAGUACUUGUCAAGCUGGACACUUCCGACGAGCAGCGCUGCAAUUGGAUGACCCUUGUUACCAAGGCAACCACAGCAGCCAAUCAGAAUCUGAUCGUGUAUCAGUACCAGGGUGCCUUGUAUUUCACAGUCACCAGGGAUAUACCGAUUGGAGAGGCGUUGCAUGUCUGGUACGCCCCCAACUAUGCUGAAAAGUUAGGAAAAUCACUGCUACAAGAUACAUCAACAACUGCGGAUGUGACGAACCCUUCUACUGAAACGAGCCCUUCUACCGAGACGUCAGUGCCAGAGGCAUCACAUGCCGUCACCUCAGAAAGCGGUCCAGCGGAACACCACAAAGAUCCUGAUGUCAUCACCAGUUCCGAAUCGGCUGAUCCUGCAUCCAGUGCAUCCACAUCGAUGACCGGAGCAGUGAUAGUAUCUGUAACACUGGAGAAGAAGUCUGGCGCAUCAAGUAGUUCAACACCCCAGAAACCCCAACGCAGGAUGGCUACUCGAUCAACAACUAGGAAAGAUCCUUCCACUGCUAAAGAGUCGGCUAGGAGCACUACCUCUAGGUCUAAGUCUGGGAAGCGAGGUUCAUCAGCCAUAGAAGAAGCUGCACAGGAAGACGUUGAUGAAGAAACCACAGCGGAUUCAUCCUCAGUUGGUGAACAAGCAAUCCCAUCUGCGCUUCAUGUAACAAAAGUCGGAGCCAACAAGCGGAUUUACGUGGUCAGGGGAUCAGGAAAUAUGAGAGGUAGAGGAAAGAUGGGCAUGACUGGUAGAGCAAGACCCCAGCCCAGUGAGCCUGACGAAGACGACACAUGCGACGACCCACCGUCUGCUAAAGCAUUUCAGUUGUGGAAGAAGAGGCUUGGAAAGUACUAUCAACUGGUACCCAAGCGCAAACCGGAAGUGAGACGCGCACAAGCGUCUAAGCGAGUCAAACACAGCAUAGUUGCCAAACCUCCCAAGAGAGACCGGAAGAAUUCCCAUCUUUCUGAAGCAGAGUAUAAGCGGAUUGAAGAGCGCAUCUGGGAUCAGGCUCAGCGAUCCUGCUGCGAUUGCUCCUUGGUGUUUGAUGAUGCUGACAAGCUGAUGGAGCACGUCCGGACUGAGCAUCAACAGGAACCCAUCCUGUGUUCAGACUGUAAGAAGGUAUGUCUCACUGACGAGCAGCUCUCUGAGCAUAUCGCUGUCAUCCACCCAGGACCCCAGGACGUGGACGCCGACAAGGACCCCUCCAAGUACAGAUGCCCCCUGUGUGACAAGAAGCUCCUCCAUCUCCGCACCUUCCGCAACCACCUGGAGUUCUUCCACGGCAAGACGUUCAGCUGUCCCACCUGCGGGGGGACGUUCUGGAACCGCUCCAAGUACCUACAACACAUCGGGGAACACAAGCUGCAGGGGGAAGAGGUGGAAGCUUCAGAUAUGUACACCUGCGAUAAAUGCAACCGGGAAUUCACCUGUCUGUCUGGGUUGAGCAUCCACAAGGCUUUCGCUCACAAGGAGAAGUCUUUCUCCUGCAAAUACUGCACGUAUACCACAAGGUACGAGCUCACUCUCCAGGAACAUAUCCUGUUCAGCCACCCCGAGAUAGAUCUCGGCAUCCCCGAGUCUCAGAAGCUGGCCUGCGAGAUCUGCUACGCCGUCUUCCUGCGCAACAGAACCCUCAAGCACCACAUGCUGAACCACAAGAAGCGCGAGUUCAAGUGUAACAAGUGCGACACUGUCUACCGCCGCAAGGAAAACCUGGACCGGCAUAACUGUCUGACAGCGCGUCGACGCACUGUCACCAUCGACAUGAUCGAGACCGAGAACCAGUCCUCGAGCUCCUGCGAUAUGUUUGAGUGUCAGCGAUGCAAGAAGCUGUUUGCCACCUACGCCGCUAUGAAGCACCAUGCCCAGACCCACCAGGACAUUCACUACACCUGCAGCGUCUGCAACAAGGAGUUCCAUAAAAGGUUCAAUUUUGACAGCCACAAGUACCAGCAUCUUCGCGUUGCUACUAAGGAAGACGGUAGCAGGGAAUUGAUUCAGGUGACGGUGGGACCGGUCAACAAGCACGCCUGCCACCUGUGCGAUUGUCACUUCACCAAGAUGAGUCCGCUCAUUCAGCAUCUUGAGACCCACCACAAAUCAGCCGCCCCUGAGGUCCACUCCUGCGUCCCCUGCCAGCGGCUGUUCCUAAGCAAGGAGGAGCUCUCGGCCCACGAGGCCAAACACACCCGCAUCACCCUCCCACAGGGCGUGGCCCUAGACACCCUCCACAGCUGUCUGAUCUGCGGGCGUGUCUUUAAGGCCUUAGGCGGGCUGGAGAAACACAUGAGUCUUCAUACCGGCAGUAAGAACCACGUAUGUGAAGAUUGCGGCAAGACGUUCCGUCGGGCCGACCAGUUGAAGUCGCACCGGCUGGCGCGGCACGAUAAAAACAGCAAGUUGUACAAAUGCAAUAUUUGCAACAAAUCCUUCAAGUCCAACUGCCUUCGUCUGCACAUUCAGUGGCAUGCCGGCCAGCGUGACUAUCAGUGUCCGCACUGCAAUCGUACCUUCACUCAGCGGGGGAACUUCAACAGACAUGUCAUCUUGCACACCAAAAAGAAAGAGAUAAAGUGUGAAACCUGCGACCGAACCUUCAAGCAUGAGGAGUAUCUAGAGCGCCACCAGCUGGUCCACAAGAACUACGAGUUCGCCUGCCCCACCUGCAACGGAAAGUUCUCCACCCAGCAUUUCCUGGACAACCACAUCCGCAAGGUCCAUGACGCAGCGGAGUCGUGUUCGUGCGAAUACUGCGGGACGAAAUUCAAGUACACCCAGUCCUAUCGUAAUCACAUGCAUCGCAAGCACCCUGAUGUUCAACGCAGCAGCUACCAGCCGGUUGCAGAGUACCCGGCAGGGAUAACCAAUUUGGAGGUACUCGUCACGUCGCUGAUUUCAACAGACAACCAAGAAACGGAAGAAACAUAGCUUGUGUCCUUAUGGUGGAUACUUUACUGCAAUUUAACCCUCCUGCUGUCGCGUAAUCACCCUGACGUCCAACGCAGCAGCUACCAGCUGGUCGCAGAGUACCCGGCCGGGAUAACAAACUUGGAGGUACUCGUCACAUCGCUGAUUUCAACGGACAACCAAGAUACGGAAGAAACAUAGCUUGUGUCCUUAUGGUGGAUACUUUACUGCAAUUAAACCCUCCUGCUGUAGCGUAAUCACCCUGACGUCCAACGCAGCAGCUACCAGCCGGUCGCAGAGUACCUGGCAGGGAUAACCAACUUGGAGGUACUCGUCACGUCGCUGAUUUCAACAGACAACCAAGAAACGGAAGAAACAUAGCUUGUGUCCUUGCGGUGGAUACUUUACUGCAAUAUAACCCUCCUGCUGUAGCGUAAUCACCCCGACGUCCAACGCAGCAGCUACCAGCGGGUCGCAGAGUACCCGGCAGGGAUAACCAACUUGGAGGUACUCGUCACGUCGCUGAUUUCAACAGACAAACAAGAAACGGAAGAAACAUAGCUUAUGUCCUUGUGGUGGAUACUUUACUGCAAUAUAACCCUCCUGCUGUAGCGUAAUCACCCUGACGUCCAACGCAGCAGCUACCAGCCGGUCGCAGAGUACCCGGCAGGGAUAACCAACUUGGAGGUACUCAUCACGUCGCUGAUUUCACCGGACAACCAAGAAACGGAAGAAACAUAGCUUGUGUCCUUGUGGUGGAUACUUUACUGCAAUUUAACCCUCCUGCUGUAGCGUAAUCAACCUGACGUCCAACGCAGCAGCUACCAGCCGGUCGCAGAGUACCUGGGAGGGAUAACCAACUUCAAGAUACUCGUCACGUCGCUGAUUUCAACGGACAACCAAGAAAACUUGUGUCCUUGUGGUGGAUACUUUACUGCUAUAUAACCUUCCUGCUGUAGCGUAAUCACAUGCGUUGCAGUUACCCUGAGGUUUAACGCAGCUCUACUGGCCCAUCACAGAUUUUGUAAUCACUGUCAAUGUGUCGAGGCCGAGUCAGCGACAUCUUGGAGCAGCGCAGAGGAUUUCAGGUAUAAUCUAUUGGCCUUAAGUUAUGUACUACUGAGCAUAAACAACACUAGGUCUGGCCCAAGACCUUGACACAGUGCAUCCUCCAAAAUCAGCCACACACACUUUUGCCAUAUAGCCUCAAUCCUGCAAAAUCGUUCAUUUGCAAAGAGGAUUCUGGAGGAUUUUGGAAGGUAGGGUUAAUGAAUCAAUCUACAGAGUCCUCCCAAAAAA